GAGAAUAUUUUCGGCCAAACGCAAUACCAGAAAUAUAUUCGCAAAAGGCAAAGGCUCGUCAGAUUUAGAUUGCGUCCAUGGAAUACGUUUUAUGAGCACUUGUUACGUUAUUAUAGGGCACCGAUAUCUUAUGAUGAUGUUUUUUCCCGUAAUCAACAGCCUUCACAUCAUGGAGUGGAUUUUGUUUGUAAGAAGUACAGCAAUAACGGGAGGCACUCUCUGCGUCGACAGCUUUUUUAUGAUAAGCGGUAUGUUAGUGAGCUUGGGAUUUUUCGAGGAAACGUCAAAGAGAAAAAUGAACUGGUUCAUGUUUUACUUCCAUCGCUACAUGAGAAUCACGCCUCCUCUUGCUCUUGUAGUUUUAUGGUAUUGUACGUUGAUGCAACAUUUUGGUUCGGGACCUCUCUGGAACGACAUGCUGGAAGUGAUCCAGAAACCUUGCCAGGAUUAUUGGUGGGCCACAAUAAUGCAUAUUCAAAAUUAUGUGCAUCCUUAUCCUUUGUGUUUGACUCAAGCUUGGUACCUCACCUGCGACAUGCAAUACUAUUUCUUAUCACCCAUCAUCCUGGUACCACUAAUAAAAAAUACCACGCUUGGUUAUGCAAAUUUGAUUUUAAUGUAUUGCAUUAGCGUAUUUGUUAAUUUCUAUUUCGCUUGGAUUAAUAAGUACAAUGGCGGAGUCCCUGUAACGAAUCAGCUGUUUUCUACAAAAUACUUCCAGCACCAUUAUAUAGCACCUCAUACAAGAGCCUCUACUUACAUAAUUGGUUUAGGUUUUGGACUUGUAGUCUUUAAACAGAAAACAAGCAGGAUAAAAAUCGGAAAUGCUUUAGCUAUAGCUGGAUGGUUAAUUUGCAUAGCUACAAUGCUAGCUUCACUAGUUGGUUGUUUGGUUUUCUUUUGGGAAGAUCACGAUUAUAAUAGAAUCGAAUCGACAAUAUUUAUAGCUAUAUCAAGAUCGACUUGGACUUUGGGUAUCGUUUGGAUGGUAUGGGCUUGCAUAAAUGGAUAUGGAGGGCCAAUAAAUUGGGUGCUAUCCCUGCACGUAUUUAGAGUUUUGGGCAAAAUUAGCUACGGAAUGUACUUAUUGCACAUGGGAAUGCAAUACAUGAUAAGCGGUGCUGCCAAAAUGCCUGGAUAUUUUUCAGAUUUUGGUUCUGUGGCAGCUGCUUUGAGCGAUCUUGUCAUUAUGGUGAUUGCUGGAUAUAUUUUUACUAUUUUGUUUGAAGCUCCUUUGGUCCAAAGCUUAUCAUUUUUGGCUAAAAGAGGGAAAAUUCGUAAGCCUACAGUUAAAGAUGCUGUGGUUAAAGUGCAACCUUUGGAAAAAUUUUAGUGCUUUUUACAGUCGCCAAACUAUCGAGAA